GUGGAUCAAGCUCUUCUUCAUAGAGCUGAGGCACCAGAGACUGAUUUCAUGGCUGAGAGGACCCUGGCACGCAUCCCAAGGUGACAGGAAAUUUUUUUGUUAGAAUUGUUUGGCAGGUCAACAAGGACAUUCAACUUUCAAUAUCCGCUCUUCUUAUAAGAUUACUAAUCAGAUUCGGAUACGAUAGAAACUAGAAAGAAAGAUUAAGCAAAGAAACCAAGACCAUGAACGAUCUAUUAAGGACUUCCUUCUCAGGCUUCAAACGCCACAUCGACGACGAUGCUAUCUUCGUCGACAUAGAGCUGUCGCCGGCGACUGAAAACGUGGGAGGGGGAGUGAAUCUGGACAAGUUUUUCGAAGAUGUAGAAGGAAUUAAGGAUGAGUUUAAGGAACUGGAGAGGGUGUACCAGCGACUCCUCCAGUCUCAUGAGGAGAGCAAGACUCUCCACAACGCAAAGUCCAUGAAAGAGCUACGCUCACGAAUGGACUCCGACGUGUCGGCGGCGCUCAAGAAGGCGAAGCUCAUCAAGGUCCGGUUAGAGGCCCUUGAGAGGGCCAACAUCGAGAACUGCCGCCUCCCCGGAUGCGGACCCGGCAGCUCAUCUGAGCGUACACGGAGCUCGGUGGUGAGUGGGUUGAAGAAGAAGAUGAAGGAAUCCAUGGAUGGGUUCAACAGGUUGAGAGAACAGAUGUCUCGGGAGUACAGAGAGACGGUGGAGAGGAGGUACUACACGGUGACCGGAGAGAAGCCGGAGGAACAGACGGUGGAGGUGCUGAUAUCGACGGGGGAGAGUGAGAAGUUCCUUCAGAAGGCGAUAGAGAAACAGGGGAGGGGACAGGUAUUGGAUAUCAUAGGGGAGAUUCAGGAGAGGCAUGACACGGUGAAGGAGAUAGCAAGGAACCUUAAUGAGCUGCACCAGGUGUUCUUGGACAUGGCUGUGCUGGUGGAUCAUCAAGGGGAAGAGAUAGAUGAUAUAGAGAGGCAGGUCAUUAGGGCCAACUCAAUCGUUAGGAGUGGGACGCAACAGUUGCAGAAGGCCAAGAAUACGCAGAGGAACACCAGGAAAUGGACACUCAUUGGGAUCAUUCUAUUACUCAUCGUUCUCCUCGUUAUCCUUCUGCCCAUCCUCCUUGGAAAGUAAGGAUGGAGUAAUUUUUAAUUUCUUUUCUCUCAUUCUUUCUUUCUUUGCGUUCUGCCAAGGAAUAACCAUGCCAUCAUGUAUGAUUUUGUUAUCCUUGUACUUAUACACUUGUAUUGUACUUGCACUGCACCUCUCUAGGCCUAUAUAUAG